AGAAUCAGCACGGUUGGAAAAGACCUAAAAGAUCAUCCAGUCCAACCAUUCACCUGUUCCCAAUAGCUCCCACUCAAGGUGAAUGGUUUAGUGGGCAACAUUGGUGGUAGGUGGGCGGCUGGACCAGAUGAUCUGAGAGGUCUUUUCCAACCUGUGAUUGUACGAUUCUAUUCCAAAAAAGCACUGAGUUUCCCAAGGGGCUCUGCUUAAUGGAGGAUGACUGAUGUAUUUGAUUGUUUUCUCCUUUCCCCAGUCAGAAGAGAUCCCAAAAAUUGGGAUCUUCCUCUGUCACUUGGGCUUAAUCUCAAGUUGAUAUGGGAGGAGAAAGGAAUUCUUCUCAGUGCUUAAAAAGCAGCACUUUCGUGGCGAGUAUUGAGUUUGAAUACCUUAAAUUGGUGACUUUCACUGCAGAAUGGGCUGUCUGAGAGCACAUUUUGCAUUGGGUUGGGUCUCAAAGGCAGCAUCAUCCUUGCUUGGGACACCAGCAGCUUUGCGAAACAUAGUAUCACAGCAUCGUUCAGGUUGGAAAAGACCUCUAAGAUCCCCAAGCCCAACCCCAGCCCAUCCCACCGUGCCCACAUCCCUCAGUGCCACAUCUCCACAGCUCUGGAACACCUCUGGGAUGGUGACCCCACCACUUCUGGGCACCUGUCAGCUCUUGUGGAAAAGAAAUUCUGCAGUGCUGUGCAGUGAAUAGCCCACAGCCCCUCUGCACAGUGCCCAAGCAUCAAAUCAACCCCAGAGCCUGAGCUGUAAUCACAGCCCAGAGCCUGAAAGAGACAAUAUCCAGGUCCUGUACACCAUAAACAUCAUUAGCAUGGAAAUCAAACACCAUCCUUACUCAUUAACCUGCAAUCUGCAAGACAGGAAUCCUAUUAUCCAGACGCACUGCACUGCAGACGUGCGGUGGCUUCUCUGUCCCCAUGCGGUGCCAUGGAGCCCAUAGCUCUGUGCCACUGCUUGCAAGAGGUACGGAGCCCUUAGGGCAAAGAGGGCUUAGGGAAUUCCUGCUGAUUCUGCUGGAAAACAGCCAGGGCACCGCUUGCCAGCAGCCCUCAGAUAUUUGCCUGCUGACCUGAAACCUCUUCCUGUGCUCAAAGUCUCACCGCAGGCUGAGAGUCACUGUGGUCUGUCCCCAGCGAGCUGCUGGGAGGCGGAAGGAAGCCCUGAGCCCUGGGGCCGGAAAGAAAGGUAUCACUGCAGCCAUCUGAGCAGGGAUUCCAGGCUCUGUGUUGAGCCCCCAUCCCCAUUCCUGCCUGCUGCCCGACCGGGGUGUGCCCGGCGUGCCGAUGGCCAGCAACAACACCGCGAGCAUAGCGCAGGCACGCAAGCUGGUGGAGCAGCUGAAGAUGGAGGCCAACAUCGACAGGAUAAAGGUGUCCAAGGCAGCGGCAGACCUGAUGGCAUACUGCGAAGCUCACGCCAAGGAGGACCCCCUAUUGACCCCCGUCCCGGCUUCAGAAAACCCCUUUAGAGAGAAGAAGUUCUUCUGUGUGAUCCUGUAAAGCCUCAAGGAGCCUGACGGGCACUCAGGCCACCCUGAACACUGAUGUAGAGUUUUUAGGAACGGGGACGACCUGCUAGUCCACAGAAUUUAAACAAAAAAUAAGUAAAAUACAAGGCCUGGAAGCUACAGAGAUGUGCAUGUUUAAAGAAUCUGGCCGCCUUUGGGGGAUAUAAGAUGAUCCGCAUUGCGAGGCAAAAGAUCUGAAGUCUGUAGAGUUGCCUAGAAAGAAAAAAAAAAAAAAAAAGGAAAAAAAGAAAAGAAAAAAAAAAAAAAGAAUA